UUGUAAUAUUCCGUUUUUCCUAUUUGAAAAUAUUAAUUAACAAAACAACACAACAGGACCACAUUUGCCUAUAAAACCGAAGUCCUUCUAUAUUCCAAGAACAACAAGAAGCAGAGAAAUAGAAAAGCUUUUUAACCAACAAGAGAGAAAACAAUAUGGCUAAGGCUUAUUCAACACGUGUUCUCACGUUUCUGAUGUUGAUCUCGUUAAUGGCGGUGGCACUGAACCUUCUGUCCACGGUAGAGGCACAGAACAAGAAGAAGCCGAGGAGAGAUGUUCCUAUAGUGAGAGGUCUCUCAUGGAGCUUUUACCAGAAAGCAUGCCCGAAAGUGGAAAACAUUAUCAGGAAAGAGCUCAAGAAAGUCUUCAAGAGGGACAUUGGUUUAGCCGCAGCCAUCCUUCGUAUACAUUUCCAUGACUGCUUCGUUCAGGGAUGUGAAGGAUCGGUGCUGCUAGCUGGAUCAACGAGUGGACCAGGAGAACAAUCAUCGAUCCCGAAUCUGACACUUCGUCAAGCCGCCUUUGUCGUCAUCAAUAACCUUCGUGCCCUCGUUCACAAGCAGUGUGGUCAAGUCGUCUCCUGCUCUGACAUCCUCGCUCUAGCCGCCCGUGACUCCGUCGUCCUCUCAGGAGGGCCAGACUAUGCUGUGCCGCUUGGUCGACGCGAUUCACUGGCGUUCGCGAGCCAGGACACGACGUUAGCUAACUUACCGCCACCAUUCGCCAAUGCGAGCCAGCUCAUCACUGAUUUCGCCAAUAGAAACCUCGACAUCAACGACUUAGUUGCACUUUCCGGUGCUCACACCAUCGGAGUUGCGCAUUGCCCGUCGUUCACAGACCGACUCUACCCGAACCAAGACCCAACCAUGAACAAGUUCUUCGCCAACAACCUCAAACGCACGUGCCCCACCGCAAACUCGAGCAACACGCAGGUGAACGACAUAAGGAGCCCCGACUUGUUCGACAACAAGUACUAUGUUGAUCUCAUGAACAGACAGGGGCUGUUCACUUCCGACCAGGACCUGUUCGUGGACAAGAGGACACGUGGCAUUGUUGAGAGCUAUGCGGUUGAUCAGAAGCUGUUUUUUGAACAUUUCACGGUGGGGAUGAUCAAGAUGGGUCAGAUGAGUGUCUUGACGGGGUCACAAGGAGAGAUCCGUUCCAACUGUUCGGCUAGAAACACCGCAAGUUUCAUGUCCGUUUUGGAAGAAGGCAUACUCGAGGAAGCUCUUUCCAUGAUCUAAAAAAUUCUAAAUAAACCCUAAAUCUUGACUUUUCGUUUGUUUAACUUUGUUUUUCUAAGUUCACGCACUUGUGGUGGUUUGUGUGUUGAGUGCUUAAGACUAUCUGAUAAAUAAAAGCAUUGCUUCAUCUUAACUUGUGGUGGUUUGUGACGUUUGUCUAUCUAAUAAAUAAGAGUGUUGCUUUUCAAUGUUCUAUCAUAACAAUCUAAGGGAGAAACAGAUGCUGUAGG